AUGGCCACAACCACCAGGUCUGGGGUAAAUGUCCCUUGCAAUUUCUCACUGUUGGAAGGAUUCAAAGACAGUCAGAAAAGAGUAGGAGAUGGCAAACUUAGCUGUGAUCUAGCAGAUGAGGGAGAUAUGAUACUUACAAGAUGGACAGAGGUGAUAACUAGGCUUCCAAGAACAAUUUACAAAACCCAAAUAUACAGCCUUAAAAUAGAAUGUGGACUUAAAUAUCCAGAAACACCCCCCCUUUGUAUGAUUUGUAGAAAAGUUAGUAUGAAGGGAGUUAACAGUUCUAAGGGAGUGAUGGAUCCAAGAGCCGUAUCAGUACUAGCAAAACGGCAGAACUCAUACAGCAUCAAAGUCUGCUGUGAGAGCUGCGGCACCUGCUGA